GGUAAUGUUCCAUACGCCCUCUCCGCCCCUGCUGCUCGAGCGACAGGUGGUCGGGACACAUGCCUUCAUCCUCGAGCGCUCCCCGGUUAAAAUAAGAAAACAAAUCGGUUGACAGACAGCGGUGGGACUGCUGAUCGUGAGGCAAGCGCGUGCCCGAUGGAAUUGGAGCCGGUGACCACCGCGCAGCGAGCACUGGGCAGAGGAGAGAGAGGGGAAAGCAAGUUGGCGAGAGAACCUCACCGAUUUACGUUUCUCACCAUGACUAUUGCGCUGGCUGCUUUUCCGCCGCAGCGGAGGGGAUCGGUAUUCACUCACAGAAGGAAGAAACACACACACCUCUGAGGCAAACCGGAGAGAGAGCAUUACCGGGAAUUUCCUUCUGUUCCAUUAUUCAUUUGGAUCCUGAUAGCUGGUGGAAGUUGUCUCGUGGGGAUUAUGAUGGCUUCGGGUGCCGGUAAAGCCCCGCAGCCCCCCGGGCCAGGCUCCGGUAGCCUUAACGGGACUGCAGCAGACUUACCGAACAUAGAGCAGGAGCUGUAUGACUAUCAGAUGCAUGGCAAGAUGUGCAAGAAGAUAGCUCAGCUAACCAAGGUGAUCUAUUCUCUGAACACUAAGAACGAAGAGCAGGAGGCGGCCCUUCAGGCUGUCAGCCACGCCCACCAGGAAGAGCUGAGGCGGGUUACCACGGGGACGUGUACCGAGGGGGAGGAGUCGGUAGUGCUUAGGACACGCCUCUCAGAGCUGCAGGAAACUCUAGCUCAGGUUCAGGUAGACUUUGAGAGCUACCGUGUCCAGGCGGAGGAGAGGGAUCGUGGGGUAGAGGCAGAGCUAAGGAGGGACUAUGAGGAAAAGCUCCAGGCUCUGGGGCUGGAGAGACAGGAGACCCAGGCCCAACUCAACACGGCCCACGACGAGAGUCUCCGACUGGGGAGAGAGCUGGAGACGGCUGGGGAGGCUGCGCAGUGCCUGGGGGUUCAAUGUGAUGAACUACGGAGGAAAGGAGAAGAGGAGCGAGGGAAAGGGAAGGAGGAGGAGACGGAGAGAAUGAGACUCCUCUCGGAGGAGGUGAAGACUCUGAGGAAAGGGAAGGAGCGAGCGGAGGAAGAGAGAGAGAGAGCGAGGAGUUGA